AUGGUACCUGUGGUCAAAUCUCAGAUGAUGGUACAUGCGGUCCUGACGCAAAUAAAAGAUGAUCAAGGAUGUCAAAGUGGAUAUGGUUUUUGUGGCCUUUCAAAUGACACUAAUUUUGAUGAUGGCAUACAGGUUAUCAACACUUGCCAAAAUCCUUAUACCCUAGCGUUAACUUUUGAUGAUGAUGAAUAUGACAUAAAAGCUACAUUCUUUGUUAAUGGUCACAACGAAAAUGAUUAUUGUAUUUACGAUUUCGCUGAAAUUUUGCAACGAGCUUACUCUUCAGGUCACUUAAUCGCCCAUCACACAUGGUCUCACCCAUACUUGACAGGUGUCAGUGCUGAUGAAGUAAAUUAUCAAAUGGAAUUCUUAAAUGAAGCAUUUAAGAAAAUUCUCGGUGUUACUCCAAAAUAUUUCCGGCCUCCGUAUGGUGAUGGUGUUAAUAAUGCUAACGUAAGAUCUGCUAUGUUAGCAAACGGAAUGGAUAAAUUGAUAAUAUGGGAUGUGGAUACAGAAGAUUCUAUGAGCGGAGUCACUGAAUCAGAUAGUGAGGAAAAAUUUACUAAUGGGAUUAGUGAUCAACAGCCCCAUAUCGUAUUAAGUCAUGAUAGGAUUCCAUCUACAUGUAAUCAAUUGGCACCUUUUGAGAUUUCUCAAGCAAUCGACUAUGGGUAUUGGUUUGAUACUGUGGCAGGGUGUAAUGGAGAUUGGGACUCAAGUAAUUGGUAUAAUAUUGAUACUGGUUAUUUUGGCACGAGGGACGAAACUUGGACAUGUAAUUAUGAAGAUAUGCAUGAUUCAUAUGAUACAUCACCUCAGUAA